CAAAAUGCAUGGGAAUUGCUAUCUUCUUCGAAAUCCAUGCACCGUUUGGCUCUUGGUUGUUAUGCAACGUUUUUCUUGUCACCACUCAUAAUAACACGAAACUCUUUUGUACGACAAAUAUAAUUUCUUUAACCAGGGAUGUUCGUUUGCAAUGUUUUGUAGUAAAUAUUGGACACAAUACUAUAUUUGUGAAACAGUCUUCACGUCUUGGAAAGCAAAAUAUAAGUUAUAAUGACUUUUUCACCUUAACGACUGUACAGCUGUUCAAGAGAAAAAAAGGUCAAGCUUUGCAAAAUUCAACUACCAGGACCCAUUAAAUCUUGACUGUCGGCUCACUGAGGAGGAAAUCAUGGUUAGGGACCAGUUUAGGGACUAUUGCCAAGAGAAACUGAUGCCCCGGAUCUUGAUGGGCAAUAGGAAUGAAGUCUUUGAGAGAGAAAUUUUCCCAGAGAUGGGUGAGCUUGGUGUUCUUGGAGCAACCAUUGACGGUUAUGGCUGUGCUGGUGUCUCAUCGGUUGCUUAUGGCCUCAUAGCUAGGGAGGUGGAAAGGGUUGACAGUGCUUACCGUUCAGCCAUGAGUGUCCAGUCCUCUCUUGUAAUGCACCCUAUUCAUGUGUUUGGUACAGAGGAGCAGCGACAGAAGUAUCUUCCUAGACUAGGACGUGGUGAAAUAGUUGGCUCAUUUGGUCUGACUGAACCAAACCAUGGUAGUGACCCAGGCAGUAUGGAAACCAAGGCAAAGUACAACAAGUCAAGCAACACAUACAUACUGAAUGGUGCCAAGACAUGGAUUACUAACUCUCCGAUUGCUGAUAUAUUUGUUGUUUGGGCCAAGUGUGAGGACAACAUUAUAAGAGGAUUCAUUCUAGAAAAGGGCAUGGCUGGUCUGUCAGCACCCAAGAUCGAUGGCAAAUUCUCUCUACGUGCAUCAGCCACAGGAAUGAUCGUAAUGGAGGAUGUGGAGGUACCAGCUGAGAACCUCCUUCCAAACGUUGAAGGGCUUAAGGGUCCAUUCAGUUGCCUUAAUAGUGCACGAUAUGGAAUAGCAUGGGGUGCGCUUGGAGCUGCAGAAUUCUGUUAUGAGACAGCAAGGCAAUAUGUGCUGGAUAGGGUACAGUUUGGGCGACCACUGGCAUCCAACCAGCUUAUCCAGAAGAAACUCGCAGACAUGGCAACAGAGAUAUCCAUAGGACUGCAAGCUUGCCUGCAAGUCGGCCGUUUGAAAGACGAAGGAAGACAUUGUCCUGAUAUGGUAUCGAUGAUCAAGAGGAACAGCUGUGGAAAAGCACUUGAUAUUGCUCGUCAAUCAAGGGAUAUGCUGGGAGGUAAUGGCAUAUGUGAUGAGUAUCACAUCAUUCGGCACGUCAUGAACUUGGAGUCUGUAAAUACUUAUGAAGGCACACACGACAUUCACGGUCUAAUCCUGGGCCGAGCUAUUACUGGGAUCCAGGCCUUCUCUAGAUAAUCGACUGAACGUCCCAGCGGUCUUUGCAUCCCCAAAAGGUCUCUACCGCAGAAAAAUAAGUUUUCCCUGCGCGGCGUUUUCGUUGACGAGGAAAGAAAGUGCUCGAUCCCAAAUUAUUUUGCGCACGAGGAUGAAUACGUUUGUCAGGUCGCCCCCGUCAAAAUUUUAUAGAAAACUGUAAAUAUUCAGGUAACAAGGUUUUCUCGAAAAGGUAAAGUGCGUUGGACGUCGUUCUUGCUGUUAAGAUGAAAUAGGUUAGAUAGUUGGGGCCCUAAAUACCAAGGGUUUCGCUUGGGGGCUUGAUACUGCAUGGAGUUCUUUUUAAAGAGGUGACUAAACAGUAGGACUUAUUGGUAAAUAAGGGUGUAGAAAAUAAUGACGAUAUUUGCCAGGCCAUGAUGAUUGGCAAACUUGAAAUCUACCCCCAGAUACCCUGCAUAUCGGAGUGCAGGCUUUGACACCGGCGUUGGGGAUACCUUCAAUUUAGAAAAUACGGAUUGUGUUCAAUUUAGACAAUACGGAAUGUGUAUUUAUUGCGUGUACCUUAAAUUAACAAUUUUAACGUCACAUGUAGUGGUCUCGGUAUUGUAUUGACCUAUAAGGUAGAUAAUUAGUCAGGCCAUUUCUUCUAAACAUGUUUACAAAAGUUUAUACCGUGUUAAACAACAUUUUUCAUAAGAAUCCUUCGGAGCAUAAGGGCUCUUGUAUGUACAGGGUCGUAGCCAGGGGGGUGGCCCAGGGGCCCGGGCCCCCUCUUCUAGCAGCCAAAAAUACAGUAAAUGUAUGAGACAUUAUCUAAAAUACAGGAGAAAAUGGCUUGAAAGGGCCUUUUGGGCCCCCUCCUGUUAAAAAUCCUGGCUACGCCGUUGAUGUACUCCAUAUAAGGCCCAUGUUUGUUUUCAUCAAAAAUUCCAAUUUUGUAGCUUUUAACAAAAUAAUGUAAUAAUGCAUUGUUGUCUUUCUCGGCUGAAAGCUAAAUUGUUUACAUGGCCAGCCUGUCAGUACACUACCGAUACCGUGGGUCUAGCAUGUAAAUUUUAUAAACAGUAAAACCAAAUGACCACAAA